CAAUAACUGAAUUCUUGUAUAAAGACAAAGAAAGAUAAAGACACACAAAAUAUAUAAAGCGCGACACUAUAAAAUACAAUUCUAACACUUUUAUUGGAUAUCAAUGUAUUUUUGAAUCAAUGUAUACACUUUUGAUGUAGUUUUGUAUGUAUAAUAUUGUAUUGUGUCAAAUCUCGUGUCACUUUAAUCCUACACAUUUUAAAACUCUCGAAGAUGUUUACGAAAAGAUAGAGGUUAUUAAAUACUGCUGAUUGUAAAUUGUUCGAUUCGAGAAAGCGCAAGGAAUAGUGGAUCAAAAUGAAUAAUAAUUUUUGGUUUGCUCUAUGGGGGUUAAUUAUGCAUAUAAUUCUGUUAGUGGGUGUGAUGGAUGUAAACUUUCAUUCACCCAUUAUUAAGGAAUUGCCAAUUGUACCAGCGCCUAGUGGAGCCCCAGCUAAAAGACUGCUGCUUUUUGUGGCAGAUGGUCUGAGGUUUCAGACAUUCAUAGAAAAACCACCACCUUAUCUCAGAGAUACAAUGAAAAAUAGAGGUGUUUGGGGAAUAUCUCACACAAGAGUGCCUACUGAAUCAAGACCAGGACAUGUUGCAAUUGCUGCAGGAUUAUAUGAGGAUCCUAGUGCCAUCUUCAAAGGAUGGCAGCAAAAUCCAGUGGACUUUGAUUCAGUCUUCAAUCAAAGCUAUGCAACCUGGGCUUGGGGUAGUCCAGAUAUAAUACCAAUGUUUACAAAAGGUAGCAAACGAAAUGUUCAUGGAAAGAGUUAUCCAGCUACCUGGCAGAAUUUUGAUGCAAAUUUAAGUAAUGAGACAAUACGUUUGGACUCCUGGGUGUUUGAUGCUUAUUUGGAAUGGCUGCAAUCCCCAGUGGCCGACGUGGUGAAAAGUCAGAGUGGAAUUAUUUUGUUUUUUCAUCUGCUUGGAUGCGACACUCUGGGACAUUCUAAGAAACCACAUUCCAAAGAAUAUGUAGAAAAUAUGAACUACGUUGAUAAGAGGAUUAAAGAGGCUGUGAAUAUAACAGAACACUUUUUUGGAGAGAACACUACUGCUUAUAUGUUUACAUCGGAUCAUGGAAUGACCGAUUGGGGAUCUCAUGGGAGUGGCCUGCCAUCUGAAACUGAAACACCGUUAAUCGUUUGGGGUGCAGGAGUAAGAUCAUCCGGCUUUCGUCAAGAUGUUGAACAAGCUAGUAUAACUCCCUUGAUAGCAUCUCUAAUAGGAAUUCCCAUUCCUAUAAAUAAUGAAGGCGCACUACCAUGGCAAUAUUUUGAUAGGAAUUAUUAUGAAUAUGUCGCACAUUCUUUACUCAGCAAUGUAAAACAACUUGCGCACCAAAUAACCGGAAAUCGCGUGAUAAGUUGUCAAAAUAGUAGCGAACAAGACUGGCGAGAGACACAGUUAAAUGACAAAAUUCGUAAAGCCGAACAACAUCUUAGUAGAAGAAAUGUGAUGGCAGGAAUUCAAGAGGGCAAUAUGGCAAUUAGUUUUAGCAAGGAAGCCUUGUUACAUUUUAGACAAAGUCAACGAAUACAAUUUUUAGUAUGUUUAUCGAUAAUGUGGCUCGGCUGGAUAGUUAUAUUAUUUUUUAAAAUAGCUGAAACAAAGCGUCAACAUUCACGACCUUUUCGAUUGAAAUUAUUAAAUGUCGGAUUCCCAAGUCUACUAAUAAUAAUAUUGGUUAGACAUAUAAUGUCUAAUUGUAGCAAUUGGAGAUUUCCAAGCUAUGCAUUCUUCGCUAUAAUAUCUGCAUGGCUUGCCGCUAAUUCUUACUACAUGUCGACAUCUGCAUUUGCAGAUAUUAAUACAAUGAAACUAGUCAUAGAUAUUGGAGGCACACUGUUACUACUAGUGAUGCUAUUUGUUGGGUUAACAUAUAGAUUUGCUCUUAGCAUAGGAAUAAUAUUGCUCAUACUGAUACAGCUAGCAAAAUCCAAAGAUGUAACAGCUUUUAUGACUUGGACGUCGUUAGCACUAUGUGUGUUUCCCUUACUGCCUAUUGUGGAACCAUAUCCACGCGUUUAUAUUGUGAUAAUUGGUAUAUGUGUAGCAAUAGGAAUAGUAAUUAUUUAUGAGGUGUCGCUAAGUCGGAAAAUAAUAGAAAUUCUACGUUUAGUCAUUACAAGUUUUGUGUGUAUGGAGUUUAUUGAUGGUCGUUACUGGAUAUCGUGGAUUAUCCUACUGACUACACCACUGUGCAUUUGGUAUUAUCCAAUAGAAACCAAGAAAAGAACACUGGGCAUAAUGCUCGGAUUUUUCUGUCCUCUUACGUUGUUGUCGACAUCUUACGAGCCGCUCUUUUUCGUGACUCUUACAUUCAAUUUACUUAGUUGGCUGGAAGUUACCUCAACUACUUCAAGGAGUUCAGGAGAGCGAAGUAUUACGGGAGACUUGAUCAGAGCGGCGUUUUUUAUGUUGUAUGUAUUAUUGUGUUUCUUUGGCACAGGAAAUAUGGCAAGCAUUAGUUCAUUUGAUCCGUCUUGGACACGCCACUUUGUCACCAUCUUCUCUCCAUUUUUAAUGACAUCUUUAAUUAUUCUUAAGCUUAGCAUUCCUUUAAUAUUAGUGGGAUGCGUGAGCUAUUCUUUAGAAUCAGAAAAUUGUAAAAAACCUAUAUCUUUAACUGUUCUCCUUUUAGGUGAUUGUUUGUCUCUACCUUUGAUGUAUUUUGUUACGCCGCAUGGCAGUUGGCUUGACAUCGGUACCGCGAUUAGUAAAUUCGUCAUUGUCAUUUCUCUUCCUUGUCUCUUUGUAUUGUUAAGAUGUCUUUCACGUCCACUUAUGAAACUGAACUUUGCACGAGUUCGAGUCGGUCUAUCUCAAAAAAAGCACAUUGUGUAGAUUUUUUUACGCAUCAAACUAAUUACUCGUGUCUAUAAAUGUGUUCGUUAAUGCCAUUACAUUGAAAUAUUUAAUUAAAGAAUGAAAAGAAUACACUUUUAUAUACGUGUAUAGAUGUAUGUUUGACUGAAAUCUAUAUUCUCUUAUGCAAUUUAUUUGUAUUACAUAAAAAAUAGAUAAUUAUAUUUAUUAUAUGCAGGAAAAUAUAUGUAAGUGUCCUUAGCGUCAUUAUUAAUUAAUCGUUCUUAUUAAUAUACACAAUUGAUACUUUUUUAUAGACUUGUCACUUAUGCAACGUGUAAACGUGAAAUACUAUAAACAUUAUUUUUAAAAGGUA